AUCAACAUUUUGUACAUUGAGUUUUCUAAUUUUAAUAAAUUAUAUGGGUUAUAUUUAGUAUUUUAAUUAUAAAAGAGAAUUAGAUAAUACAUAAUUAAAAAAAAAAAUUCCAACUUAUCUUAAUUUUAUUUGAUAUUGACCCAACCUGAGCUUUCAUUCAGUUCUCAAUUCACAAGUUAGGAACCCAAGCUACUGUGUUACGUUCGGUACACCCAAAUGAGCCGACUUUACAGUCUGCAAAAACCUUUCUUAAAUUGAAUUCCAUUUCCAUGGAAGCACCUGAGACGACCAGGCUGAGCAUAUACAAAGCCGCACGGAGUAUAAAGCGUAAGGACAACACCAUUUACAACGCACUGAGGUCCAUUUACGAAGACUCAACCUUUGUGGGCGAGAUCUCCCAGCUAUGGCCGGAACUCCCUCUCCUCGCCAACCUCCGCUGUGGCCUCUGGUACUUCUCUAAGUUCCACUCAACCUGUUACUUCAAGUCCACCGAUGGCCACAACAACAACUGGUCCUUCAACACUUCUCGCCUUAAUCUCCAUGUUGCUCACCUUUCUGGAGAGAAAGGAGGGUGUAUCAUAGUGGAUUCAACCCGUAAAGGGAAGAGAUUUCCGGAUAGCAUGUCGAAAACUAUACCCAUUUGGACUUGUGUUCUUAAUCGGUGUAUUCGAAAUCAUUUGAACAAAAUGAAUGAUUUAGCUGUGUUGGAGGGGAAUUCAAGUAUGUCCAGUGAAAGUGCUCAGGACAUAAAACAUGCCUCUAUUGAUUGGGAUUGUUCAUUGCAUCUUCCCCUGUGGAUUUCCAAAACUGAGAGAUCUUCAAUUGAGGGUCGCUUAGAGGAGUGGACCAAACAGUUGGAGGAAAGUGGAGCUGAUAUAGCAGCUCUUGCGGCUUGCUUGAAAAAACCAUUGCGCCCUCUAUGGAUAUCCCAGAAAUCAGUGAUCUGGUUGAAUGAAGUACCAGACCAUGAUUCAUGGGAUUUCACACCCAUCAUACUUGUUUCUGCCUCUUUCUCUACUGGAUAUGCUCAAAUUAGAACUAGCUCAGAGUAUAGCUGGAAUUAUAUAGCUGGUGCUGGGGAUGAUGAAGAAAGCUGGUCAAGGGGUCUAACACCUAACUUGUUUUGGAAUCAUGUGUAUGAUCUUAUAAACUCGGGGCCUGAUUUAUGUAAUCAAAAGGUAGCUGAUAUGGUGGAAAAAGAUAGAGUUUAUCGGGCUCAAAGAGGACAGAAUGCUCCUCAAGUCAUUGUCAAGUCAACAAAGUUGGCAGGCAACUCUGCUAAUCUAUCACAAUUUUCAUUGGAUAUGUUAAACAUUGAAGAUAAUUUGAAUUCUUAUGGUGAGGAUCAGCCAAUAUCUUGGCUGGGAGAAACUAAUCUUGCCUUAGGCACACCCCAAGCUGCUGAAAAUCUAUCAAAGAUUGAUUGCAUAAUAGAUUGUAAUGAAACUUCUGUGCCUGCCCUUCUUCAAGAUCCCGAAACAUAUUUUCAUCUUCCGAUACUGACAUCAAAAUUUGAUCGCUUUUCCUUGUUGAAGAGUCUGCCUUCUGCAGUAAAGUUUGCGAAGUUAAAUCUAAGCAAAGGGAAGAAACUUCUAAUUUGUUGUCACAAUGGGGAGGAUAUUAGUGUAUGCGUCGGUUUGGCAAUUUUGAUAUCAUUAUUUGAUGAUGAAGGAACAUUUGAUGGUGGGAAGUUUUUCAGCCAGAAUUGCAUAACCAAAUUGGAAAUGAGGAAAAGAUUAGUAUUGAUUUGCAAAUUUGCAGUAAAUGCCCGGGCAUCUAGAGGAAAUCUCAAGCAAGUUUUCAGCUUUCUUAGUGGUACAACAGUCAUUUCAGAUUGAGAUAUUAUUCUCUCAGGAUUUUGCUGAAGAAGAUACAGAUAGAUACUCCACUACCAAAAAUCAAGAGCUUUCCAUUUUUGGCACACUUUCUUAUUAUUGCUACCUUUUUCCUUCAGUUUUGGACGGUGGGUAUACCUAAAAAUAAAAGGGCCUGCCUUUUCUUUUUCACUAGAGUGGGCUAUUUUAUUUUAUAUUCUAAUUUGUGGUUUUGCAUACUAUCUGGCCCUGUAAGGAGUUUGGUCUAUGGCAAAAUAUCUAUGGGAGAAUGAAGUAGAAGAAGACAGGGCAGACUUGUGUUGAGAUGAGUCCAAUUUAAAAUCCAACUGUUAACCAAAUGUUAUUAAUAUUAACUUUAUAUUAGGUACUUGGAUUGAUCUGAAAAUUUUGUUUUAAUAAGUGAGCAUUUUCCAUUGGCCUUAAA